CCUUUUCAUAAAUGCGUUAACUAAUCUGACUUCUUCAAUUAAAUCUUAGCUAGCUCUGGCUGCAAAUACUUUGUAAAUUAUCAGCCCAUAAAUGUUUAGCGGUGUUUUAUGGAUAAUGUUACCUUCUUUCUUUUUUUUGCGCUUGUCCAAUAGGAAUCUUGUUUAAUACACAAUAAUAUGGUAAUCUUCUUUAUAUGAAUAAAAUAAAUGGAACUAAAAACCAAUGGAUGACUAACGCUUCAUGCUUUGAAGACCUUUCAUGUUUUACAGAAGCACAGCGACGACUGCUGACGUGUCCUUAUUCGGUGUUAAACAAGGAGAGUUCGUGGUAGUUGAUUUUAGCUGCUCGGGAAACGAACCCAGCAUGUUCACCUGUCUGCAGAAGGUUCUAAACAUUCGCGAUGUGUGCGAUACAGAAGAAUUCGGGGUUAUUUGCGGAGAAUAUCCACCAUCUAUCAUAACUUUUCUCCUUAACGGCCAAGUCGGUCCAUCUGUGACUGUCACUGAGAACUCUAGCGUUGACAUGUUGUGUGAGGCACACGGGAAACCCACUCCCAGAAUGCUGUUCAUGAGUGACAAGGACAAUGAGGUUUGGAUAGAUAGUAAACAGGAUGAGGUGCAGUUGUCGGAAGGAAAGGGACAAAUAGCAACGAUCUUAAGAAAAGUUCAGUGUGAAGAUUCUGCCGACUAUAGAUGUGAACUUGAAAAUAGUGUGGGAAGAAGCAAUCAGUCCAUCCGACUUCUUGUACCGUGUGCCCCCAGACUUAAACUUUUGUACGAACAACCUCCGUUUGCUGAAAUAAGUAACCAUAAAGGAAACCUUAGUUUUGAAUUGACAGCAUAUCCAGCACCAGAGGUGAAAUUUAUUGUACAUCAUGGGUCAACCGUCAAUGAAAGUAUGAACAUUCAAUCAGUUAAAGAAAAUGUCCACGUUGAGUGUGUCGAGGAACUAUUUGCACCUGCCUUGCAUACCUGCAAAGUAACUGUUCGUAACGUGAGUGCAGCUCAUCAAGGUGUUUACCAGAUUGUCUUCAGCAACAAUCUUGGAGAAAUAUCUUUUAAUUUUACCGUAAGACUUAAAGGUAAGUUCUUCCGAAACUCAAUAAAUGAGUGAAACAUAUUUUCAUUCAAUACAUUUCUAUGCAGAAAACUUACUAUCCAUUCAUAACAUGCGUGCACAACAUUCCUCAGUCCAUUUACGGGGCGUGAGCUGAUUCAAGUCAGAAUAUGAACGGUUGUCGGUUUGUGCAUUUUAUAACCGAUACUAAUAGAGAAAUUUUUCUUCGUGAUUUAUUUACCGAAAUGAAGACGUCUACAAGCAGCUGAAGUUUGUAUACCAAGAUGAGAUAUAAAUUUACUUCAUUUCACUCUCAACUGAAAGUGGUGUCCCUU